AUGAUAAACAUUGUUAGUCUUAACUUUCAAAUUGAUGAAAACAAUAAUGAAAAUGAAGUUUUUACAAUUGAAAUUUACAAAGACAAAAAGGUUGACGCCCUUAAACCUAUAGUAAAAAAACAGUUGACAUUUUUAUUUGAUACUAUUCCUUCUACUCAAAUCAAACUUAGUUUAAUUCCUAGUAGUGGAUCUAUGAAAUCAACAGUUAAAACUUUUAAAUUAUUUG